UGCUAGCUAACUCCGCUGUUGCUUCCUAUGUGCUGUGUGUAGGUUAAAAACCACACAAGAAACCCAGAUUCUGUAGUUUUGCCGAAAACCAGAAAAUUUCGAUUUCCCUCUUUCCACGUUUGACCCCUGAGCCAUCCCACAAUGCAUCGUAAUCACCCAGGGCGCAGGCGCGGUGACCCCAAUUUCAAAAUCGAGAAAAAAGUUUGAGAAUGAGUUCCAGAAAAGUGUUAGCAAUCCAGGCCCGGAAAAAGCGGACAAAAGCGCCAAAGGGCCGACUGAAAAAUGCGGCGUACCGGGACCGCAAUCGGCAGGCUGGCAAGGGACAGGGGCCAGAGACAGACUCGACGACCACCCCUCCCAGCAGUCACGAGGAGCAUUACGCAGACGACCAUGACGAGGAUGAGGAGGUGUUAGGGUCAGACGAGGACGAACAGGAAGACCCUCAAGACUACUGUAAAGGUGGUUACCACCCGGUGAAGAUUGGGGACCUGUUCAACAGCCGCUACCAUGUGGUGCGCAAGCUGGGCUGGGGACAUUUCUCCACUGUCUGGCUAGCCUGGGACCUCAAACCCCAACAGUCAUCAGACCCAAGUGCCAGGGGCCGUAGGUUUGUUGCAUUGAAAGUAGUGAAGAGUGCUGCCCACUACACUGAAACGGCCCUGGAUGAGAUCAAGCUGCUCAAAUGUGUAAGAGAGAGUGAUGAAAUAGACCCCAUGAGAGAGAAGGUGGUUCAAAUGGUAGACGACUUCAAGAUUUCUGGUGUCAAUGGAACACAUGUAUGUAUGGUAUUCGAGGUUCUUGGUUGCCAUCUGCUGAAGAUGAUUAUUAAGAGUAACUACCAAGGACUCCCCCUUCCAAUUGUUAAGUGUAUAAUCAGACAGACCCUCCAAGGGCUGGAGUACCUCCACACGAAGUGCAAAAUCAUCCACACGGACAUCAAGCCAGAGAACAUCCUGCUGUGUGUGGACGAGGCGUUUGUGAGGAAGCUGGCUGCGGAGGCCACACACUGGCAACAGGUCGGCGCCAUGCCCUCCGGAUCCGCUGUCAGCACCAUCUCAAUCAUAGAGAGCAGGAACAAAGAGCAGCCCACGAAGAUGUCCAAGAACAAGAAGAAGAAGAUGAAGAAGAAGCAGAAGCGGCAGAUGGAGCUGUUGGAGCUGCAGCAGAAGCAGAUCGAGGAGGAGGACAUGAAGAAGAACCAGGAGGGACAGGAAAACAUGGAGCAGGGGGAUGCCAGCACCCCAGCUGCCACCCCUCAGGAGGAGAACCCAGGAAAAUGCCAGGUCAACAACAACCCUGUCCCCAGACCAACCAAUAUGGAACAGGAACCAAAGAAAAUGGAAGUGGGCCAGGAGAAAGCAGAGGAAAAACAGAACAGUCCAGAAAAGCUGCAGAACAGCAGGGUGGAUCCACAGAACAACCCUGCAGACAAUGUACAGAACAACUCAGAAAACAAGGAACAACAGAGACCACUGGACAACGACAGCAGUCUGACCAAUUCUACACCUUCCACUUCUACAGAAAACACAGAAAAUAUAAAAACCCCAGACAGUGAAGACGGUCCGCUAUCCAUGGAGAGGGCCAGCAUGAAGACGUCGGAGAGUUCUGAGCCCAUCUCCUCCAGCACGUCCAACCCUGAGACAGAGGAGAGCCCGACCAGCUCAGAGCAGCUGUCCGUACCAGCCAACACCCCCGUCACACCCUCCACUCCAGACACACCCAUUGAGAUCAAGAUGGAGAACCUGUGCAAUGGGGAGAUGAGUGGCGUGGAGAAAGUCAAUGGAGAGCAGGAGAAGGAGAGAAGAAACUCGCCAGACAGCGACCCUGAGUUGGAGUCUAAGGACAACGCUCACAGCUCGCACCAGAGGCCCAACAGAGAACUGAAACCUGACACCAUGGACUCCAAGUCUGACAAGUCCUCACACUCUUCUACUGAUGGCAAGAGAGUUCAUUCAACUGAAGCAAGUGAGGCCUCCAUAAAAUCCGACUCAGUACCUGAUGGAUAUCCAGACUUCUUUAAUCCUGACAAUGCUGACAUCAUCAAGGUGAAGAUUGCUGACCUGGGAAAUGCCUGUUGGGUGGACCACCAUUUUACUGAAGACAUCCAGACUCGACAGUACAGAAGCCUGGAGGUGAUCCUGGGGUCUGGGUACAGUGCACCAGCCGACAUCUGGAGCACAGCUUGUAUGGCAUUUGAGCUGGCAACUGGUGACUACUUAUUCGAACCUCAUUCUGGAGAAGACUACUCUCGAGAUGAAGACCAUAUUGCCCACAUCAUAGAGCUGCUAGGCUACAUGCCCAAGCAUAUAGCCCUGUCUGGCAAGUACUCCAGAGAAUUCUUCAACAGAAAAGGUGAGCUGCGCCACAUCCACAAGCUGAAGUACUGGGGCCUGUACGACGUCCUGCGAGAGAAGUACGAGUGGCCCCACAAGGAGGCAGACGAGUUCUCGUCCUUCCUCAUGCCCAUGCUGGAGCUGGAGCAGGAGAGACGUGCCACCGCCGGCGAGUGCCUUAGACAUCCCUUCCUCAGCUCCUGACCAGCAUGCACCGGGGCCAGCAGUCUCGUGACCAGGGCACCGUCCCUGCUUGUGACCGGGGUACUUAGUAUCUCAGUUUGGGAGAGGUACAUGAUUACUGUGUAAAGUUAUUCAACCACAAUCUUAAAUAAAAUGCUGUUAUAAAGCUUGUAUGUUGACAAGUCAAAGAAGGCAUCAAGGGAAUCGCGGGUGUAGAUUAGGGUUGCUCAGGGGGAAAUAAUGGGCAAUCUGCAACAGAGUAAUUAAUGUAUAGGAAAAAAAAACAUUAGAUAAGCAAAAGUAACCUGGGGAAUUCAGUUUCUUAUCCACGGCAUUCCAUUCAGCUGUUAUGUGGACUUUCUAUGAGUUUUUCAUCUCUCAUUGUAGACAUUGUAUAAUUCACCGUCAGGGCUCAAAGUACUUUUGCAAUGUAACGUUCAAAAUUACCUGCACCAGACAAACCUGAAGCAUGUACAUGUACCUCGCAGUCCAAUAUUUAAAGGUUGUCAAUUUGCCAUAAUGUAAAUCUUAAACACAAGAGAAACUGUUAAUAUUAAAAGGAACCAUUUGUUUGGAACUUCAAGGCUGGUAACAAUCAGUACAGCAAACAUGCAUCCAAAUCCACCCAACUGUUACAGGUUAGGUCCCAGGUACACAUCUUAACUACCUGUACAGCUCCAGUUUUACCUACGCUAACCCACAUAUGCACGUGGUAUUUUGAGCCCUGUCCAUGUCCAUAGUAGAAAAAGGUCUUCUACGUAUAUUGUAUACCAUUAAACAUUGAGGUCUCAACUGUCCGCUUGUGCUGUGUACACUAAAUGAGCUGGAUUGCUUAUCUCAGACUUGUACAGAUUCAAUUUGAGAUGGAAAUUACUAGUUACGCUGAAGCCAGGAACUGAAUUGUAAGGAGAGUAGACCAGGGCAUACAUGAACUUUCCGGUAUCCGAGAAAGAGCUGUCAAAUGUUGCAUUAAAUGAGUGGAAUUUAGAUAUGUACAAAAUGUAUUCCGGAAAGGGUGGUGUUGGAUAUGUGGCGAAGGUUUAUGGUUAAAAUCUACAAUGCACUGCUUCUCUCAACUGUUGCUACAAACUGUUGAAACAAUUCCUGCUGUUACAAACUGUUAAAACAUGGUUUCCAAGAAAAGUUUGCAGCAGUAAAAUCGGUUUAAAUGAACUAUGAAGGAACGUAUUGUUAACUUUUCAGUGUAUAGUCCUGGUGAGAAAGAGGUACCUGUGAAAUUUCUUUUAAAUGCUGGAGUUUGAAAUAAACUGCUGAAAAUACUGCA